GCUCUUCAUGGACAGGUGAGUGGGCAGGUUGAGAGCGUGGUCUUGGAGGCAGCUGACCACCUAACCACCUGACCCUCAGUUUCCCCUCCUGUAAAGGAGGAUGGGACAGCGCCUACCUCCUGGGCUGUUGUGGGGAUUGAAUCCGCAUGCCGCACACCGGCUGUGGAAUAGACAGUGGGAGUCAUUUUAAAAAGGGGUCUUUCAGUCCUUGGGGAGUUGUCUUUUCUCUUCUUUGUAUACAAAGAGCUUCAGGCUGUCACCAGGCUGGACUUAAGGUGUACCUGAAGUGGAAGUACUGCGAGAUGCCAGGUGUGAAGACCCUGUGUAAUCUGAAGAAACUUCUGAACCGGCUUCAGAAAGACCACCGGGAGGACGUCUACCUCUACAUCUCUGGACACCUGAACCCCAACAAGCUCUACCGGCCUCCCGAGAGGAUCUUACAGCACUGGCCCAAUGCCCACCGGCCCAAGGGGGAGCGCGCCUCUGAGGUGGGAGAGCCGCCCUCAGGGAAGGUGGCGAGGAUGAAGGAGGCCCUGGCCCACUUCACCAUCCACACGGCCCUGGUCCCCAGUGAGGCCCAGGACACCCCGCUGUUCAGGUACCUGAACCCCCAGGCCUCUCUUUCCCACACUUCAGAGGAGGAUUUCCUUCCAGUGGAGGCUCUCAGAGAGGGGAAGGAAGAAAAGAAAGGAGGCCCUCCUGGACGGGGCCCUCCUGGAUGGCGCAGGAGGGAAGAACUCCGGCUGCCCGACUUGAAGGUGCUGCGGUACCAGGAGGCCGGGUCCAGAGGCACCAGGGACUGGCACCACUAUGUCAGCUCCUGCCUGGCCGGAGUCACCAGCGCAGACAGGUACAGGAUGUUCCUGCGUUUCCAGAAGGAAGUGCUCGCCAGGCAAGACCUCCUGAAGAAUGACUUCACUGGGAGCAAGGCGGCCGCGGGCCACGAGAGAAAGCUGCAGCAGGAGCUCCAGAAAAUUUGCACGUGCAGCCCUCAGCAUUUCAACAGACUGCACGUCUUUGGAAAAAUCUUUGAAGAUAUUUGUAACAGUUCUUUGAUAUUUGGUGAUCUCUUGAAAAAAGUUAAGGAUGAAUAUGAACUCUACAUGGCAAUGCUCCUGGAGUCCCAGCCUGCAGCACAGUAUGAGGCUCUUCUGGCUCAACUCAAGGCGCUGGGGCAGAGGCCGGUGAAGACGGCAGACAUGGAUCUCGCCAGGGAAGAGCUGAGGAUGCUUGUGAGAGCCACAAAAGCAGCCCUGGAGCAGAAUGAUAGACUCAGAAAUGAACUGGAGACGGAGCUGGCAUUGCUGCAGUCUGCAAAGGAACGAUCAGAAUCAUCUGAGAAACAUAUAAUUGAUGAAGACCAACUUACUCUUAUUGAGAAGGUUGAAAAGAAGAGGUGUGAAAUACUCAGUAAGUGGGAUGAGAUACAAGCUCUGGAAAAAGAAAUUAAAACAACUUUGGUUCAUACUGGAAUUUCAGAUAUCACUGAGAAUAGGAUUAAAAGCAUAGAGCAUGAAGCUAUACAAUUGGAAACAGAAAAUAUGAUUUUAAAGAAGAAAAUAAAAGUUACUGAAAACCAUGUGAAGCAGAUCAUAGGAAAGAUGAGUGAAGAGAGGCAGGAGGGCCUUUGGAAAUUUAUCAAGGAAUUUGUAAAAUCAGAGGAAACAGCAGAUAACGCUCAAGCGGCUGAACAAAUGGCCAGUGAAAAUUCUUAACUUCCAUGUAUGUAGCAUGGAUAUUUGCAGAUGCAUAUACAUUCAUAAAGAUACAUUUCAUUUCAUCAGCUUUAAUCUCUAGUAAAAUUAAUGUGGUAUAUGUAUCCUACUCAGAAUACUGAAAUACACACAUGCAUACACAUGAUUAGUUUCUACUGUUGCAUACAUAUUUACAACAAUACUAGUUCUUAACGUAUGUUUUACUUUCAUUUAAUAAUGUUCAACUGUGGAAAACACUUUUGAUUAUUUGCUAAGAAUAAGGAAUUCAGCACUGCUUGAAUACAGCUCAAAUUUGUUUAUUUGCCAACACAAGUUUACAUAUAUGCAUUUAAUAAAAUUUGAUAGUGAUUUAAUUAAUUCCAUUUAAUUAGAUAAUCUUUACGGAUUGAAAAUGAUACAGUGCUCCAGACACGUUACACUAGCAUUAUGUUUUGUACUGCAUCUAUCUUGGCUGAUUGUGAUCCUGAUGACAACGUGUGCCUUAGGAUUUUUAUUUAUUCCCACUUUGCCUAUGAACUAGUCUAAACAUCUAGAGUAAACGCAAGCUUGAUUCCUUUGGACAAUCCUAUAUAGGGUGAUUUUUUUUUUUCUUUGAGACAGUCUCGCUCUGUCGCCCAGGCUGGAGUGCAAUGGCACGAUCUUGGCUCAUUACAACCUCUGCUUCCUCGGUUCAAGCAAUUCCCCUGCCUCAUUCAGCCUACCGAGUAGCUGGGAUCACAGAUGUGUGCCACCACACCCAGCUAAUUUUUGUAUUUUUAGUAGAGACAGGGUUUCACCAUGUUGGCCAGGCUGGUUUUGAACUCCUGACCUCAAGUGAUCCUCCCACCUUAGCCCCCCAAAGUGCUGGGAUUACAGGGGUGAGCCACCAUGCCUGGUCUAUAGGGUGAUUUUGAAGAUCAAAUGUAAGUGGUAAAGUACACAUAUGAGGGAUUCGAUCCUAAUUUGUAAUCACAGAGUUUGAGGUGAGAGAGAUAGAGAAAGAGAAAGAGAGAGAGAGAGAUUGGCUUUCUACAGAUCAGGAGGUCAUUGUCAGGGAGGUGUGCUCCUCAGAUUCUGUUUAAGAUCCAUUAGUUCUUCCUGAGGAAUGACUCGCUCUGCUUUUAGAGGUAAAAUUGUGGCAGCUA